AUGGCUUCAGAGACUGCAACAGUCAGGCACGCCAGACUGGAAGAUGUCCCUGCUAUCCUGCAGCUCAUCCGUGAGCUGGCGGAUUAUGAGCAUGAGAUUGACUCUGUCGAGGCCACCGAAGAGAAGCUAAUCUCUACCAUCGCCUUUGCUCCAUCGUCAUCAUCAUCAAGCUCCGGCUCCUCCGGCACAGGCCCUGCUGGGCUGCCCGUGACGGAGCCCACGUCUCCCCAGAAGCCCGCCCGAUGCCUGCUGGUCAUCUCACCCGCCACCGGCGCUCCCGUCGGCAUGGCUCUGUACUUUUACAACUACAGCACCUGGCGCGCCCGCCCCGGCAUCUACCUCGAGGACCUGUUUGUCCAGCCCUCCCAGCGUAAGAAGGGUUACGGCAAGCUCCUCCUCGUCCAGCUCGCCAAGGAGGUCAUCGCCAUGGACGGCGGCAGGCUCGAGUGGGCGGUUCUCAAGUGGAACGAGCCCAGCAUCAAGUUCUACGAAAGCAUCGGCGCCCAGAUGAUGAGCGAGUGGGUCGGCAUGCGUGUCGACAGAGAGGGGCUGGUCAAGCUGUCCAAGCUGCUUGACUGA